UUGGACUGGAAUUCGGGACGGAGCGGCGCAGGGGAGUACAGUGUCCGACAACAGGCAAAAUAACAGGCGCCUUUCACAAGGAAACCACGUCGUGUCGGGGCGCCGUCGUCAGCGAGGACAACCGCGAAACUUUAGGGAAUACAGCGUGUGACGGGAGUCUGGCGGAUGGACAAAAACAAAAAUGGAACAAUUGUAAAGGAAGCAAGAGAGAACAGACACAGACAGAGCAGAGGAGGGGCGUUGGAGUCCAACAUCAUCAUCGCAGCAGGCAUGCAGGGGUGGUUUUAGUAAUAAGUCACAACUAGUCUUAACUGUUAAACUGGUACUGAGAGAACUAGUCAGCGGAUAAAAAUAGGUACUUAGUUAGUGCCGUGUUUCUGCUGUAUUCUCGUGCGCUAGUUUUCCCCCCUAACGUCGUUUCAGAAAACCAGCAAGUCUCGGACUGGACCCCAAAGGUGUUUUUGUCAUCAUGGGAAGAAAUAACAAGAUAAUCUUCUGAGGAAGGAUUUUUGGGAUUUUUUAGGCGAAAUUAGGGAUUGUUUAUAUUUGAGGAAAGGCCGUGGAGUUCUCCAGGGGGGAAGAAGGACUAGGCGCUGCCGCCGGCGGUGUCCAUCCAUCCCCGCGGGCCGGGACAGACUCCGCCACCGCUUCAGCUUCUCUCACACCUGCCAAGGGCCAGGGGUAAAGCCAGGGAACAAACGACCGGCACAGUGGCCAACAUUAUCAUGGGGCGGUAUUAGCUUCUGCUGGAUCCAGCGGGCUUUGGGCUGCAGCCUGCCUGUCUGCACAAACAUGUAGGACGCUGUGUGUUCAUCCGCUGGAAAGAUGAUGAUGGGGAGCCGCGGUCCGCCUUAGGUGGCACAUCAGCCGGCUGGUCGGGCCGCUGCGCUCCGCUCUGUUCCCAUAGACUCGGUCCCUGUCGGAGCGACGUGAACGAUACAUUUAUUUACUUGAAAGAAAAAAAAAAAGGAGGUGACUGAAAGGCGAAUUUGAGGCGAUUUAUUUAUUCAAGUGCGGUGCCAUGGCCGGCGAGGUGCGCCUGAAGACGCUCGAGGCGCUCGUGCUGGACGGGCCGGCGCGCGCCAGCGGCCCGUGCCUCAGCGUGGAGGCGCUGCUCGACGUGCUCGUGUGUAUGUGCGACGAGUGCGAGCGCUCGCCCCUGCGCCGGGACAAGAACGUCUCCGACUUCCUUACCUGGGCCAAGCCAUUCACCUCCAAGGUGAAGCAGAUGCGGCUCCAGAGAGAUGACUUUGAGAUCCUGAAGGUGAUAGGUCGUGGUGCAUUCGGGGAGGUGGCUGUGGUGAAGGUGAAGAGCACGGACAAGGUCUUUGCCAUGAAGAUUCUUAACAAGUGGGAGAUGCUGAAACGUGCUGAGACGGCAUGUUUUCGGGAAGAACGGGACGUCCUGGUGAAUGGAGACAGCCAGUGGAUCACAACUUUGCAUUAUGCCUUCCAGGACGACAACAACCUGUACCUUGUGAUGGAUUACUACGUAGGAGGUGAUCUGCUGACACUGCUCAGCAAGUUCGAGGACCGCCUGCCAGAGGACAUGGCCCGCUUCUACCUGGCCGAGAUGGUGCUGGCCAUCGACUCGGUCCACCAACUGCAUUACGUUCACAGGGAUAUUAAACCAGACAACAUCCUGCUGGACAUGAACGGCCACAUUCGCCUUGCAGACUUUGGGUCCUGCCUAAAGCUCAUGGAGGACGGAACGGUCCAGUCCUCGGUGGCAGUUGGCACACCAGAUUACAUCUCACCAGAGAUCCUGCAAGCCAUGGAAGACGGGAAGGGGAAAUACGGACCCGAGUGUGAUUGGUGGUCACUGGGUGUGUGCAUGUAUGAGAUGCUGUAUGGCGAGACACCCUUUUAUGCUGAGUCCCUGGUAGAGACUUACGGCAAGAUCAUGAACCACAAGGAACGCUUUCAGUUCCCCAUACAGGUUAGCGAUGUGUCCGAGUGCGCCAAGGACUUGAUCCGACGCCUUAUCUGCUCGCGGGAGCACCGCUUGGGCCAGAAUGGCAUUGAGGAUUUUAAGCAGCACUCAUUCUUCUCUGGCAUCGAUUGGGACAACAUCCGCAGCUGCGAGGCACCGUACAUUCCGGAAGUGAGCAGCCCAUCAGACACGUCCAACUUUGAUGUGGAAGAUGACUGCCUUAAGAACUCGGAGACAAUGCCACCUCCUUCUCACACUGCCUUCUCGGGACACCAUCUGCCCUUUGUGGGCUUCACCUAUACAAGCAACUGCACCCUAUCAGACAGAGGUUGUCUGCGUGAAUCUGCAGCACCUACACAGUUGGAUGUGCAUGUACAGCGCAGCCUGGAAGAGAGCCUGGCCACAGAGGCAUACGAGAGGCGUCUGCGGCGCCUGGAGCAGGAGAAGCUGGAGCUUAGCCGCAAGCUACAAGAAUCCACGCAAACUGUACAGGCUCUGCAGCACUCAACCACUGGAAGCCCCAUUGCUGCCAGCAAGGAGUCUGAGAUCCGUGGCCUGAAAGAGGAGAUUGAGAGCCUCAGGAAGCAGAUAGCAGACUCUGGGCAGCUGGAGCAGCGUUUGGAGCAGGCAAGCUCAGUGCACAGGGACCUGGAGGAAUCUUCCAAGCUUGUCAAAGCCCUGGAGAAGCAGAUGAAAGGCAUGAAGCAGGAGAGGGAUGAUGUACAGAAGGAACUGCUGGAAGCCAGUGAGAAGCUAAAGUCUCAGGGCAAGGAGCUGAAGGAGGCACAUAGCCAGAGGAAGAUGGCCAUGCAGGAGUUCUCUGAAUUGAGUGAACGUGUGACAGACCUGCGCUCACAGAAGCAGCGUCUCUCACGCCAGCUCCGUGACAAGGAGGAGGAGAUGGAAGGCCUGUCCCAGAAGGUGGAGGCACUACGUCUGGAUGUUCGCAAGGCUGAGAGGGCUCGGAAAGAGAUGGAGGCUCAAAUGGAAGAACAGGCUGCAGAGGCUCAAAAGGAGAAGAAACUGAGAGAGCGCAGUGAGCAGUAUGCCAAGCAGCUUGAGGAGGAGAUGGGGACGCUGAAGCAGAAGCAGGUGGGCCGUCUGCCAGGUUCCGGAGGCUCCGAGCAGCACCAAGAACUGGGCCGUCAGCGAACUGAGCUAGAGGCCAAGACGACAUUCUAUGAGGAGGAGCUGUCGCGGAGGGAGCUGCUGCAUGCUGGCGAGCUCAAGGGGCUGAGAAAGGAGCUGCACGAUGCAGAGGCCCAACAGUUGGCUCUCCAGAAGGAGAUCCUGGUGCUAAAAGACAAGUUGGAGAAAACUCGCCGAGAGAGUCAGAACGAGCGAGAGGAGUUUGAGACAGAGUACAAGCAGAAGUGUGAGAGGGAGAAGGUGCUCCUCACUGAGGAGAACAAGAAACUGUCCAGUGAGCUGGAGAAGCUAAUGUCCAUGUUCGAAAAGCUGAGUUCCACAAACAGACAGAUGGAGGAAGAGAUGAGGGAGCUGGCAGAUAAGAAGGAGAGUGUGGCUCAUUGGGAGGCCCAGAUAACAGAGAUCAUCCAGUGGGUGAGUGAUGAGAAGGACGCACGUGGCUAUCUUCAGGCACUAGCCACCAAGAUGACAGAGGAGCUGGAGGGACUACGGAGCUCAAGUCUUGGUGCCCGGCCCACGGAUAUGCCAUGGAAGAUGCGGCGCUUUGCUAAGCUGGACAUGUCUGCCCGUUUGGAGCUACAGUCUGCGCUAGAUGCUGAGAUCCGUGCCAAACAGGCCAUCCAAGAUGAGCUUAACAAAGUCAAGGCCUCCAGCAUGGCCAUGGACUGCAAACUGCAAGAGUCUGAGAAAAGAAAUCAGGAGCUGUUGACUGAAGUUGAGAAGCUGAAAAGGGAGACAGAGGACCUGCGUGCAGUGAAAGGUGUGAAGCACCAAGACUCCCACAACUCCUUCCUGGCCUUUCUCAGCACCUCUGCCUCUGGUCUUGAUCAAGUUGAUCGUUCCCCUGCCUACAGGCCAGGCAGCAAAGGCAGACGUGGGGAUUCAGAGAGCUUAAGCCUGUCCAACACACCCUCGCGGGACGAGGAGACACGGUCUCGCCUCAUGUCCCGCUCACGCUCACCCUCCACCGCCAGUGACAUGGAGCCAAUUGAGCUGAUAGACAAAUCCCCAAGUGCAGCACAAACUCCGACAGCAAGAGCAGGACACAGCCGGUCAUCUCUCAGCUCGCAUAAGCCCAAAGCCCAUCAGUUCACAGUGAAGACUUUCAGUGUCCUCACCAAAUGUAACCAGUGCACCUCGCUCAUGGUGGGCCUCAUCCGGCAGGGCUGUAUCUGUGAAGUUUGCCACUUUUCGUGCCAUGUGACGUGUGCAGACAAGGUCCCUGCAGUCUGUCCCAUUCCCCCGGAGCAGACCAAGGGGCCACUGAGUAUUGAUCCACAUAAGGGCAUUGGUACUGUCUACGAGGGUCAUGUUCGGGUGCCAAAGCCAGCAGGGGUGAAGAAGGGUUGGCAGAGGGCCCUAGCUGUUGUGUGUGACUUCAAGCUCUUCCUGUAUGAUCUCCCUGAGGGGAAGGCUCCACAGGCAGGCGUGGUGGUUAGCCAGGUCAUCGAUAUGAGGGAUGAAGAUUUCUCGGUGACCUCCGUUUUGGCAUCUGACGUCAUUCAUGCCAGCCAAAAGGACAUUCCCUGUAUCUUCAAAGUGACUGCCUCCCAGCUGUCCACCUCCAGUCGCCACAAGUGCUCCGUCCUUAUCCUGGCUGACAGCGAGCAGGACCGCACCAAGUGGGUGGGGCUGCUGAAUGAAAUGCAUCGCCUGCUGAGGAAGAACAAGCUGAAAGAGCGCUUUGUGUACGUGGCCAAGGAGGCCUAUGAUAGUGCCCUACCGCUGAUCAAGAGUGCACAGUCUGCUGCCAUCAUAGAUCACGAGCGGAUUGCAUUGGGCAAUGAGGAGGGCUUGUAUGUCAUUCAUGUCACCAAAGAUGAAAUCAUACGGGUAGGGGACAAUAAGAAGGUGCACCAAGUGGAGCUGAUACCAUCUGAGCACCUGCUGGCAGUAAUCUCAGGCCGCAACCGUCAUGUUCGCCUCUUCCCGCUGGUGGCACUGUCUGGUCAUGAGUCAGACUUCUAUAAGCUUCCAGAGACCAAGGGCUGCCUGGCCCUGGUGUCAGGCCGGCCUCGCACCGGUGGUCCCACCUGCCUUUGUGUGGCCAUGAAACGCCAGGUGAUCUGCUAUGAGGUGAGCCGGGGCAAGGCGCGGCCCCGCAAGCUACGGGAGGUGCAGACGCCAGGUGUGGUGCAAUGGUUGGCACUUCUGGGCGAGAGAUUGUGCGUGGGCUACCAGGCUGGCUUUGCCCGCUGCAGCCCACUGGGUGCCGACGCUCCCGCACCCAUGCUGCACCCAGACGAUCACACACUGGCCUUCAUAUCCCAGCUGGAGCUGGAUGCCCUGUGUGCCAUUGACAUCUCCUCCAGGGAGUUCCUGCUGUGCUUCAGCUCUGCUGGUGUCUACGUCGACUGCCAAGGCAGGAGGUCCCGCCAGCAGGAGCUCAUGUGGCCUGCUGUGCCCACUUCGUGCUGCUACAAUGCCCCCUACCUGUCAGUGUACAGCGAGAAUGCGGUGGAUGUGUUUGAUGUGAACACAAUGGAGUGGAUCCAGUCCAUCCCCUUGAAGAAGGUGAGGCCCCUGAACGUGGAUGGCUCACUCAACCUCCUCGGCCUGGAGACGGUUCGACUCAUAUACUUCAAGAACAAGAUGGCGGAGGGAGAUGAGCUAGUGGUCCCUGAGACAUCAGACAACAGCCGGAAGCAGAUGGUACGCAGCAUAAACAACAAGAGACGCUUCUCCUUCCGUGUGCCUGAGGAGGAACGGCUACAACAGAGAAGAGAGAUGCUGAGGGACCCUGAGAUGAGGAACAAGCUGAUCUCUAACCCCACGAACUUCUACCAUGUUGUUCACAUGGGCCCAGGUGAUGGCAUCCAACUCCUCAAGGACCUGCCCAUGCCAGCGUACUGCCCUCCCUCUCCCCGCCUUCGCCUCAUCUCCACACCCUGUGACUUUGAGCACAUCUAUCACAUGACUGUCCACUCUGCCGAAACCUACCUUUCCCGCGACUGGGACAGCCCGCCCCUCCUCUCCUCCUAUUCUCCGUCCUUGUGCUCUGUCCCCGGGACACCAGCCUCCACCUGCUCUCGGAGCGUCCGUCCCCAGGAGGGCCGCGCAUUCAGUGGCUCCGUCAGCAUCCCCUCCAUUGCCAAGUCCCGACCAGAACCAGGCCGCUCAAUGAGCGCUAGCAGCGGUUUGGGCACACGGUCCAACUCUCAGAAUGGCAAUGCCCUGCGGCGAGACCUGUCCAGCGGGAGCUACGGGUCCAAGAGGCAGGCCACCACAUCACCUUCCGAAGGUUCAUUAUCCUCUGGUGGGGGUGGGGACGUGACAGGCGAUGCCCCCAUCUCUCAGUUUGACAGAGAGUGGCAAGCUGUAUCACCAUCACAGAAGACCCCCGAUCUCAAAAGGGCAUUAAGGACCCUGCUUAGUAAGAUGAAGGACUCGGACUCCCCUCGGCACUCUACCGCCUCAAACAGCUCCAACAUGAGCAGCCCCCCUAGCCCGGCCUCCCCACAGAAAUCCAAUUCCCUCUCCCUGGAGAGCACAGACCGCAUGGCCUGGGAGACAUGAGUCCUGCCUCACCCCUCUACAUCACGCCGUCCCCACCCUUAGUGCACCAUCCUUUUAACUGACCCAGGUGACCCCGCCCCCGGUCAGCCCUGCCCAUUCAAGUGCCUUUGGCAUAAGGCUGUGGCUGCAGCUGCGGGCCCCUGGUUCUCUGCUUGAAACUGUGACCUUGUAGCUGUAAAAGAGUUUAGGCCACCAGGUUGGGGCAAGGCACCCCGUCACUCUGAUCGGAUCCAAAAGCAGGCUUGAGAGUAUUUGUGCGUGUGUUAUAUUAGAAAUUUAUUAUACAGCUCAAUGUGGAGAAAAGCUCACCUUGGCUAAAUAUACAUCAUACUCAGUUUCUCAUGAUGUAACCAGGUGAAAAUGCCACUCUGUGACCACUAUUAGUAAGAAAUAGAAAACAGAAAAUAAGUAAUUCAUGGAAGGAAAAAUUAAGCAAUUGUACACGCAUGUGCCAAUCACGUGCUUUGUUUUUUCUAGUGAGUGUCCGUACAAUCUGUAAGAUUCACUUAAGGUGGUCUCGAGAUCCCCAAAGUGGGAAAGCACCUUGGUUUGUGUAUUUUUCAAAGAUUGUUGGCACAUUUGCAUCCCCUGGGAAAAAGGGACGUGGUAUUUAGAGUACAGGAGGCCAACUGAAGGCAGUUAUAUCAUGCUUACAUUAGUUUUUAACUUCUCUUUUUAUAAAGAGACUGGAUUUUUUUUUUUUUUUUUUUUUUUUUCCCCCCCCCCCCU